GGCUUGGAGUAAGAAGCUAGGCUCCAAGGUCGAAUUGCAUUUGAUUCCAAGAUUCUUUCCACCACAGUCAACGAUGGCCCUUCUUCGUAACGUUGCUUAUUCUCUCAGGACUCUGACCGAAUCAAAGAAUGUUGUUGUGGCUUUAUAUCACAAAAAUGUGAUUGAUCAUUUCGAAAAUCCCCGUAACGUUGGUUCACUUGAUAAGAAUGAUAACAAUACAGGUACAGGACUUGUUGGGGCCCCUGCUUGUGGGGAUGUCAUGAAAUUACAGAUUAAAGUUGAUGAUAAUGGGAAAAUAGUUGAUGCUAAAUUUAAAACUUUCGGUUGCGGCUCAGCCAUUGCCUCCAGUUCCCUUGCAACUGAAUGGGUGAAAGGUAAAUCGGUCACUGAAGCUGCAUCCAUAAAGAACAGUGAGAUAGCUAAAGAACUAUGUCUUCCACCAGUAAAGCUACAUUGUUCCAUGUUGGCUGAAGAUGCAAUCAAAGCAGCGUUAAAUGAUUACAAGCGAAAGAAGCAACAAGCAAAUUCCUGAAAUAUUGUGGUAUAAAGGAACAAAAACUGCUCUAAACUAGAUUUUCCUGCCUUUGGUCUCACUAAGAAUUAUUUUAGCAGGACUUGUUGGUUUAUAAUUCUAAUCCUUGCCUAUGCCUAGCAGAUCACUUCUGAUCCUUUGACUUUUUACAAUGAAUGUUUGACUUGUGGAUGGAGCCAACAUAUCAUUAAUAAAAUUAUAUAUUUUAAUGAGCUUUUAAAUAUUAAAUAUUCACACAGCUGUGUGUCUGAUGAUGGUGGUGGUGGUUUUAAAUGGACUGAAGAAAAUUGAAGCAUCUUUUUUUUUAAAUAAAAUAGGACAUGCAAUCAAGUAUGUAUUUAUCCAAUUAUACAUUCAAGUAGCUGUGCAUUCAAAUAUACAGUAAGACUUUCCAGUUCCUGUGUAUUUGAGUAUAUAAUAGGACACUAAAACAAUUAUUGAAGCAGUUUUAUAUAUAUAUAUAUAUAAACGAAAAUGAGAUGACAUAGGACAAAACAAUUGUGUUAUGGACUUCAUUUGCUUACAGCUGUUUCGGCUAUAAGAUGCAGUGUACUCAUAGUUGAGUACCAGAAUAAAACCUUACAGCUCCAUUGGAGCCUCAAAUAUGAAGUGCAAUUUAUUUGAGAAAACAAUUACAUUUGUGCCUAUAUAUAUAAGGCAUUGCCAAUGAGAAAAUCAAUACAAAUGUUUAUAAAAAAGUGUUUAUCCAAAAGUUAAUUAGAUCUAAUAGUAGUAAUAUAGGUGUGUGUGUGUGUGUAUAUAUAUAUAUAAUGGGAAAGUUUACGAAAAUAAACAAAAGACGAAGGCAGGUG